AUGGCGCAACAGCUGCCAGACCGCAUUUCCGGCAGCGAUGCCCACGCCGGCCUGUCCCUCCUGCAAGACGUCAAAGCUCGCUUCGCGUCCGAUCCGGCCGUCCAUCAGGAGUUCUUCGGCCUCCUCGUGACAUUCCGCAAGGGGGAGGGAGAGGUCGCCGACGUCCGCGCCGUCGUUGACAGGGCGUACGCGCUCCUCCAGGGCCAUCCCGACCUCGCCCAACGCUUCGACGCCUUCAACCCGUUUCUCUGUCGCCCCGGCCAGCACGAGGCCGAGCCCGCCCGCGAGGUCCCGCCGACGCGGCCCAGGAGGGAGCGCCGCCGCCCGGUAGUCGUCGACGCCGACUUCGUCGACGACGCCUGUGCCGGGCCCUUGCAGUUCCUCGAGCGGGUGAAGCUGGCUGGCGCCGGGCUGUAUGACAGGGUCCUGGCGAUGCUCAUGCACGUGCACGCGGAGGAGUCGAUCAAUGCGAACGAGAUCUACAAGCAGGCCCGGGAGGUUUUCGGCCCCGCGGACGGCGACCUCCUCCGUGGGUUCGCCGAGUAUCUUCCGACGGGGCGCGACUUUCUAGGGCGUCGCGCCAUGAAGGAGCCGCUGGAAGAGCACCGUGCUCCGGCAGCAAAGCGCAAGGCCCCCGCCGCCGCGAACCCAGGCGGCGGCAAGAAGAAGAAACAUGUCGACACCUCGAAGAGGGACGAGUUCGCCGAGUUUAGGAAGGCGUGGGAGUUUGAGACCGCGUACUCGAAGCUGGUGGUCACGAUGAGACGGACCAAGAAAGCACUGGAAGAAGAACCGCACGGACGGCCGCGCAAAUUCGAGGAGCUCUACCCUGGCCGCGAGUGCCGGGGGGUUCUCGAGGAGAUGUACGGCGACAUGUUCGGAGCGAUGCGGGAGGCGCUCGAGGACGACGCGCGCACCGAGCUGGCGCUGAAGACGAUACUACGCAGGCUGAGGAAGCUGGAGCAGGUGGCCGUGAAGGUGGCGAUGGAGCGCCGGGAUCCCGCCCGAGUCAAGGACCAGCUGUACAAGCGUGUGAUGGACCUAAAGAAAGAGGAAGAGAUCGGUGCACGGGAUUGUGGUGGCGCGUGAGCAUCUCCGGCCGACAUGUGGCAUGAUGUACCACGAGUAGAUCGGUGCACUUUCUGUUCAAGUCAAAAUACUGCAAAGAGGAAAUGCCACCUAACACUCUAAGUGAUCACAUCCAUGCGCACUAGAUGGAUGAGUACCUGAAAAUG